AGGGCGUGGCGGCCAUGUGGUCCCCGGUGCUGAGCGCCGUGCGGGACCUGCCCCCGGAGACCCGCAUCUUCUGCUCCGUGCUGCUCUUCUCCUGGACCGUCUAUCUGUGGGAGACCUUCCUGGCACAGCGACAGAGGAGGGUGUACCGGGCCACCACCCAUGUGCCGCAGGAGCUGGGCCAGAUCAUGGAUGCGGAAACCUUUGAGAAGUCUCGGCUGUACCAGCUGGACAAAAGCACCUUCAGCUUCUGGUCGGGUCUGUACUCGGAGAUGGAAGGCACGCUGAUCCUGCUCCUGGGAGGGAUCCCGUUCCUGUGGCGGGUCUCCGGCCGCCUCUGCGCACGGGCCGGCUUUGGGGCCGAGUACGAGAUCACCCAGUCGCUGCUGUUCCUGCUCCUGGCCACCCUGUUCAGCGCAGCGAGUGCCCUCCCGUGGAGCCUCUACAACACCUUUGUCAUCGAGGAGAAGCACGGCUUCAACCAGCAGACCCUAGGCUUCUUCGUCAAGGAUGCCAUCAAGAAGUUUGUCAUGACCCAGUGCAUUUUGCUGCCGGUGACAUCCCUCUUGCUCCACAUCAUAAAGAUCGGCGGCGACUACUUCUUCAUCUACGCCUGGCUCUUCACCCUGGCCGUCUCCCUAGUGCUCGUCACCAUCUACGCUGACUACAUCGCCCCGCUGUUCGACAAGUUCAUCCCGCUGCCCGAGGGAGAACUCAAGGAUGAAAUCGAAAUCAUGGCCAAGAGCAUCGACUUCCCCCUGACCAAAGUCUACGUGGUGGAGGGCUCCAAACGCUCCUCCCACAGCAACGCCUAUUUCUACGGCUUCUUCAAGAACAAGAGGAUCGUGCUGUUCGACACUCUUCUGGAGGGCUACAGCGUGCUCGCUAGUGACCAGCGGGAGGCCGCCGGCUCCGAGCCCCGCCCCGGCGCCGAAGAAGGGGACGGGGCAGAGAUCAAGCCCAAAGUCCAGACUAAGAAACAAGGCUGCCGGAACGAGGAGGUUCUGGCCGUGCUGGGCCACGAGCUGGGCCACUGGAAGUUGGGCCACACGGUCAAAAAUAUCGUCAUCAGCCAGGUGAACUCCUUCCUCUGCUUCUUCCUGUUCGCCGUGCUCAUCGGCCGCCGGGAGCUCUUCGCCGCCUUCGGCUUCUACGAUUCCCAGCCCACGCUGAUAGGCCUCAUGAUCAUUUUCCAGUUCAUCUUCUCCCCUUACAACGAGCUGCUCUCCUUCGGCCUGACAGUGCUGAGCCGCAGGUUUGAGUUCCAAGCCGACGCCUUCGCGAAGGAGCUGGGCAAGGCCAAGGACCUGUACUCCGCCUUGAUCAAACUGAACCAGGACAACCUAGGCUUCCCCGUCUCCGACUGGAUCUUCUCCAUGUGGCACUAUUCCCACCCACCCCUCCUCGAGAGACUGCGGGCCCUGAAGGACACAAAGCAAGACUGAGCCCGUGGGGGGGGUGAGGGACCGUGGGGGGGGUGGGGGGGUAGAGGGGUGGUUAGAUAGUCGAUACGGGGACACGCGCGCACACCCAAACGUGCCAUUUUAAACAUAGAAUCGUUCAGUGCCGAAACCCGGCCGGGCUGAGA